UUUAAAAAAAAUCAAUCACGCACUACGAGUGCGUGAGUGUUACAAAUUUGAAACUAUUUGAAAUUGCUAUUGCCUAUUUGUGAUGCUCUUCUCAACAUCCCACGAGCCUCAACUCCAUACUUAGCAAUUUCUUGCUUCUCUUUUAUCCUUGUCCCUGAUCUGCAAUUCCACUCUUCAAUAAUUUCUACCUCUGUUUAUCCUUUAGAUUCCUCUCGUUUCCUUCCUUCCAAUCACCACAUCAACACUGCCCACCACCCAGUUGUUUCUUGAACGCAAUUGCAAUUAAAGAUUCGAUAUGGCUGUGGAAACUUGGCUUAUAAAAGUGAAAACUGCAAUAUCCCACGGCUUCGAUUCAGUCAUAACCUCGGCGCCCAUACCAAAAGCUUCAAUGAAGUCCAACGUUGGGGUUUUAUCUUUUGAGACCGCUGGACUUAUGUCGAAGCUCUUACAUCUAUGGCAAUCGCUCUCCGAUAAGAACAUAAGUCGCUUGCGAAAUGAAUCCAUCUCUCUCGAAGGUGUUCGGAAGAUUGUAUCCAACGAUGAGUCGUUCCUUCUCGGCCUCGCAUGCGGAGAAAUGGCUGAGAAUCUAAGGUUCGUUGCUAAAGCCGUCUCUAGAUUGAGCAAGCGAUGUGGGGACUCUAAUCUCUCCCUUUUUGAACGUCUCUUUGAUGACUUUGCCAACUCUGGUCGCGAUACUAAUUGCUGGGUCUUGAAUUACAAAGAAAUGGAAGCUAAGAACAAGAAGAUGGACAGGUACGUGACCGUCACAGCCACACUAUAUAAAGAGAUGGAAGAGCUAUCCUUUUUGGAGAAUGGAUUAAGAAAGGCCUUGCAGUGUAGUGAACAUGAGUCGACAGCGAAAGAGCAGAAGAUUAUGGAUCUUCAACAGAAGAUAUUCUGGCAGAGACAGCAGGUCAAGUAUCUGAAGGAGAGAUCCCUUUGGAAUCGAAGCUUCGAUGGUGUUGUCUCGAUGCUUGUGAGGUCUAUCUUCACUGUUUUAGCAAGGAUCAAGCUAGUUUUUGACAUAGGACAUGGGUAUCCAACUUCUCUACCUCGCAGUCUUUCUGCUUCUGCAACUAUCCACCCGACCGAAAACCAUGGUACUUGUAGCUUUGUGGCAGGGUCAUUAAAGAGCUCAAAACUAGAAGGAAAUAAAGAUUUCGCUAAUGGGUUUUUCGAGACAAAUUCGAAGCUGCUAAAGCCACCGGAAACUACGCUUGGUGCGGCAGCUUUUGCUCUACACUAUGCGAAUUUGAUUAUAGUUAUGGAGAAGAUGAUCAGGUCACCUCAACUAGUUGGUGUCGAUGCAAGAGAUGAUCUCUACUCCAUGCUACCAAACAGUAUAAGGUCUUUGCUAAGGGCUAGAUUGAAAGGAGUAGGAUUCUCGGCGAGCGAUCCAGUUCUCGCCGGAGAAUGGAAGGAUGCUUUGGGGAGGAUACUGGGAUGGCUGUCACCUUUAGCACAUAAUAUGAUUAAAUGGCAAAGUGAAAGGAGCUUUGAGCAGCAAAAUUUGUUGCCAAAAACCAAUGUUCUUCUCUUGCAAACGCUAUUCUUUGCAAACAAAGAGAAGACAGAAGCUGCCAUUACAGAACUUUUGGUGGGAUUGAAUUAUAUAUGGAGGUUUGAAAGGGAGAUGACUGCUAAAGCCUUAUUUGAAUGCUCCAACUUCAAUGGACUCCUUAAUUCAAAGAGUUCCAGCUAGAGGGAGAUGGUUUCUUUUCUUUCUUUUCUUUUUUAUAAAUUUUUGUUUCAAAGUUCAUCAUGUUUGAUCUUUAGAUUAAACAGAGUUACGUUUCAGAUUUUUGAGGGUUUGUCUUCCACCUGACCCCGAUCUGUAUAUGGCAAUGUAGAUGAGUAUAUGUACAUGAUAUGAUUUCAGUAAUCUUUCAUUUUCAAUCA